UCCCAUACUUUGCCCAAGCUUCGCCCAUACUUUUCCUUACCUUUUUUUGCAUAUAUGCAAUUGAUCUAUCCGCCCAUCAUAUCGACCCAUACACAAUGAGCUCCGACGAUUCCGACUGCACCUCCGGCUCCGAAAACUGCCACUUCAGCUGCCCCUCUGGCGGAACGUGGUAUGUCUGCCCAGAGGCGCCCUUCUUCGUCGGUUGCUGCAGCUCUGAUCCAUGCACCAACACCGACUCCAACUCGACUAACCCAUGCCCUGAUGUCUAUGCCGCCUCUUUUGACGGAUCCAUCUACGACUCCAUCCGACCAAACACUUGCAUCGACGAGAGUAACGAUAACUGGUACACAUGCAACUUCACGCAACCGCGGUUUAUGGGAUGCUGCAGCAUCAAUCCCUGUGCGAACGGGACGUGUCCGCACGAGAAUGUCUUGCCGGCCGCGUGGAGCCAGAGUCGCGGGGAUCAGUAUGAGUUGUUUCUGGACGAGGCGAGCUCAACUGAUGGAGGCGAUGGGGGGUUGUCUGGAGGCGCAAUUGCGGGGAUCGUGAUUGGAGCUGUGGCUGGGCUCGUCUUGCUGCUGGCCGCGUUCUGGUUCUGGAGGAAAAAGAGACGUGGUACAGAUGGGAAGGGCGGGUAUGCGCCCGGUCACGGGACAGGGCCAGCCACAGAAGGCGAGUAUGGGUAUCAGCAGCCGACCUCGCCGUACCAAGACUCGCACUUCUCCAGCCCAGGCCAAACCACCAUUAGCGCAGGGGUUAAGUACCCCUCUGGCUCGACAUUCAGCCCGUCGCUGUCGCCGCCAAUGCCCUCCGAGGGCGGGCGCCCGAUCUCUGAGAUCAGCGGGAGUGACGAGCAUUUCCGACACCAGUCGGGCCCGAACCACGGGCUUGGCGUAUUUGCGAAGCCCGACCCGAUCCCGGAACUCGAUAGUGCGGCGAAGCCGCCCGAGGUACAUGAAUUGGAUGGAUUCAGCCGGUCAUAAGUAUCUUGUCAGGAGCUGGAAGAGUCGAUAUUUUUGUACUCUAGAAUAUGUAUGACUUAAUAAGUAAUGACGAACAGAAUCUAAAAAGUCCUCUAGCAAAGCAGGUCUAUACAUUAUUAAAAAGAAGGCGGGGUAUUACAUUCCCCGGUUGAACUCGACCUUUCCGUCCUUUCCACCGCGAUUCCAGAAUUCCUCCUCCAGCGACGCCGCGCUGAUAGCCUGCCGUUGCGGAAACGCACCCAGGGCCAAGGGCAGGGCGAACAAGGAUGUGGCGAGAACCAGCCCUAGGUUGGCCGGGAGGACCAUGCGCGGACUGAGCAGCUUCCUCUUCUCCAGCUGCACAAGGAUCAGAGGAGGAACGACCAUGAUCGGGGUCGCGUUCAGAACUCGGCUGAUAGCUGUCUCACCGACAGCGAUCUUAGCAGCGACCUUGCUCCGUCCGAGACUCUGGACCGGCUCGCCCUCUUUCUCAGGAACGGGGUAUACGUCGAUGCCCUGACGGAUUUCCUCGCUGCGCAUGAGGAAUACGUUGAGCGCGCUGGCGCUCGAGACGGCAGCGAAGGGGACGAGUCGG